AUGAAGUUUGGCGAAUUCCUUCAGCAAACCCUGUCCAACGAUCUGGACGGGUCCACCGGUCCGGUUGCUUAUCUGGCGCAGCAUGAUUUGUUCGAUCAAAUUCCGGCCCUUCGGCGUGACAUCGUCGUGCCCGAUUAUGUUGGGCGCACGGACACUGUUCCCCGCAUCAAGGCUUGGCUCGGUCCGCGGGGAACUGUUUCGCCGCUACACACCGAUCCCUGUCACAAUCUGUUGUGUCAGGUGUUCGGCAGUAAGCUUGUCAUUCUCGCCCGACCCGAAGACACAGCAAACCUGUAUCCGCACGAUCACUUUAUACUGAACAACACGUCCCGAGUCGAUGCCCGGCACCUAGACUACGAGCGAUUUCCGCUGCUGAAGGAGGUACGCUUCUACCGUCUGACGCUGCACCGCGGCGAAGCGCUGUACAUACCCCCAAAGUGGUGGCAUUAUGUGGAGUCCCUGUCACCGAGCUUCUCGGUUAGCUUUUGGUUUGAAUGA